AUGUCUGCUGCAACCACAGCUUAUCCUAGGACUUUCAGUAGUCAGUUCAGUGAUGCUUCGUCAUAUGACGCUAUGGAAGGUGCCGACAAUUUGAGGACAAGGCAGAGGAGGGACUCGGCCAUUAUGGACGACAGAGCCAAAACUUCACAAUCUAAUUAUGCAGAUACAGUUGAAAAACUCAACACCUAUUAUCAGCUAGUCAAGAAACAGAUCAUGUGCCACCAACACUUGGUGUCUGGUUUGUUCCCGAGGGACACGAGCGACCCCACCUGCAACGUGACCCACAUAAGAGACAACAUCUACUGUGCUGCUGCCAUGUGGGCCCUCUCCCAAGCGUACAAGCGAAUAGAUGAUGACCAGGGUCGUACCAAGGAAUUGUUGCUGACUGCAGUGAAGACCAUGAGGGGCAUCCUUGAAUGUUGGAUGUACCAGGCAGACAAGGUGGAACUCUUCAAGAAGACACAGUCGUCCAAGAACUCUCUCCACGUUCUGUUUGAUAGUUCAACUCAAGGAACAGUCACUGGCGAUGAGGAGUAUGAACAUUUGCAGCUGGAUUGCCUGGCCCUCUACCUCAUCUUUCUUGUUCAGAUGACUCAGUCUGGCUGCUAUAUAAUCUGGUGCAUAGACGAGGUAAACUUCAUACAGAACCUUGUAUUCUACAUAGAAAGGGCAUACAGGACUCCGGAUUUUGGGGUGUGGGAGCGUGGGAGCAAGUACAACAAUGGAUCUGUCGAGUUGCAUGCAAGCUCCAUAGGUACGGCCAAAGCAGCUCUUGAGGCAAUCAACGGGAUGAACUUGUAUGGCAAUCAGGGCUCCAACUGGUCUGUCAUCUUCAUUGACAUUGAUGCACAUUACAGAAAUCGAAUCAUUUUUGAUACAAUACUUCCGAGGGAAUCUGCUUCUGAAGAGCAACUCGUACAGAGGACAUUGGACAAGGCUCUUCGCAAACUGAAAGGUCGUUACGGUUUGAAGAGAUUCUUGAGAGAUGGCUAUGGCACGGUUUUGGAGGAAAAAGGAAAGAAAUAUAAGACCAGUGAUGUCAAGCAAUUUGACGGCAUAGAGUGCGAGUGGCCCAUGUUCUACUGCUACCUGGCUAUCGACAGUGUAUAUAAGGGAGAUAUGGACAAGGCACAUGAGUACAUGGAUCUGCUUAAGCCUCUCCUGAUUGAUGGAAUGUCUGGACCACUGGUGCCGAAGUAUUACUAUGUGCCACAGUACAGUAUAAAUGAGGAGAGGUUGAGGCCAGGUAGCCAGGAUCGACUGCCCAGCGCCAAGGGAAACAUCAACGAGGCCACUAAGAAGGAUAACAUCUUCUUCUGGGGACAGUCUGUUUAUAUUAUCGCUAGGAUGUUAGUUGAUGGCUUAAUAUCGAAGCACGAUCUUGAUCAGAUAAGCAGACGUCUGCCGGCCUCACUCAGACCCAGGCAUAAUUCCAGAUAUUUAAAUUUUCAGAUGAUGAUGAUGAAGAGGAUGAUGGCGAUGAAGAGGAUGAUGGCGAUGAAGAGGAUGAUGGCAGUUGAUGGCUUGAUUAACAUUUCUGAACUCGAUCCAAUAAGAAGACACCUCCCUGCGGCCGAGAGGCCUAAGGCUAACUCUAGGUACUCAUCAUUCCAGAGAGGUUCAGCUGAGCAGAGUUCGCCUGUAGACUUGGUGAUCCAGGUGUCCCUGAUAGCUGAAAGCGUUCGACUUCAACAAAUGCUAGCCACUUAUGGCAUUCAGACACAAACCCCACAUCAAGUUGAACCAAUUCAAAUAUGGCCACCGAGUGAGCUCGCAAAGGCUUACGAACAGUUAGGUGUGAAUGAAAAGUUAGGAUUGACUGGCAGACCGCCGAGACCCAUUGGCGGUUUAGGAACGGCUAAGAUCUUCAAAGUUUUCGGCCACCUAGCAAUCUGCACUUCGUUACUUUUCGAGUUAGGUGAUUUCUACUUGAGUCAGGACGUUGAAUUCGUAACCAAUGUCAUACAGAUAUACAGAGCUUGUGGUUAUACUUUUGUUUGCUACUCCCUCUUGUUUCAUAUUUCUGAUUUCUAUUUGGCCCAAGAUAUUGAGUUUGUCAUUGAUGAAGUUAAGAGUGACUUGGCCUUUUUAGGAAAAUGUUGGAAGCUGGCUGGUCGACCUACGUUCUGUAUGAUAUUGAGGGAAGAAAAUCUAAGAGGUGUUGGGGCUAGGUAUAUAUUGGAUCUGUUGGCACAGUUCAAAAAAGGCGAUUGUGAUGGCACGAAAAUAAGACUUGGAAGAUUACAAGAGUUCAUAGCUACAGGUUGUAUAGAGCACUUGGAUUUCUUGGACAUCGAUAUAGCCAACACGUUCUGCCCAAUGACAGAAAAGGAUAAAGGCAUGCAGUUCAAGAGCUUCACUGACAUACCGAAAUCGCUGAAGCUGGAAAUUGAAGAGGACUGGACAGAUGAAGCUGAGUACCACAGCAUGCAUAUCCAGGAUCUCAUCAUGCUGGUUAAGAGCCCUCUCAACCUCUUUAGACAGGCACAAGCUCUCAGAGAACUUGCCAAAAGGAAAGGUUUGUAUGAGUUGCUGGACGAGCAGACGAUCGACCAAAGACUCCAGAAGUUGUCUCACACUGCGGCUACUGCCCAACUGUGGAGUGUUGUGAGGUACUGCUCGAGUGUUCUUGGAAAGUUAGUUGAUAGUCUUGCACCUUCCAUAACUGCUAUCCUUGUCCGCGGAAAGCAGUUGACGAUCAGUGUGUACGGCCAGCAGGAACAUGUAGUGGACAAACCUAUCACUCCACUGGAGAUCAAAGAAGUUCUCUACACGAAACUUUACCCUGUAGAUCCAUCGCAAGCUGUUCUCCAACAGGAACUCAUUAUUAACAUUGGAACUUUCAUAACUACAACUCCUGAGCUGUUCCAAGGAAUUCUCAAAAUUAGGAUAGGCUUGCUUGUUGAGGCAAUGAAGUUGGACAUGAAGUACAAGGAAAAGACCAAGGACAGCCUGUACACACUUUCACCAAGUGCCAUCAAAAAGCUGCUCUUUCGAGUACUGGACAAGAGACAUGAUUCAACUAGCUACUACACCCACGAGAGAUCAAUCAUAUGGAACAGACAGCUGGAUGGAUGUCUGAACAGAGUUCCGAGAGAUUUCUUCGAAAGAGUAUGGCACAUCCUAGAGAGGACACCGUCUGGAAUCAAACUGUCCGGAUAUAUCUUGCCGCAGCAACCAACGCUAUCCGACAUGACGCAAUAUGAAUUGAACUUCUCACUGGUUGUCGAUCAGAUGCUGAGCAAGAUCGUUGAACCAACGUACAGACAACUCAUUGUCGAGACCAUUGUAAUAGUUGACACCAUGCUGACAAGAAAUCCUGAACUGUCCUUCCAGAAGCCAAUUGAACUUGACUUGAUUUUCAAAGACGCACUCUUCAUGUUCACAAGAGACCACCGAGAUCAAAAUGUACGUGACUCAAAAGACUUAACAUCGGAAGACCUAGCCCUCUUCUUUGAUACGCCCCCAAAUUCGGCCCACGGUACAACGGUUUACAUAGUAAGAGCAGUUAUGAACAUGUUGCUCGAUGGUGAUGUCCGGGGACAUGUUGACAGUCAAUGCUCCAUAUCUUAG